AUGAAGAUUCAAGGCCGAACGUUUGUCAUCUCCGGAGGGGCUUCUGGUCUGGGCCAGGCAUGUGUUGAAGAUAUAUGCGCCAAUGGCGGUAAUGUGGCCAUUCUCGACAUGAAUGAAGAGAACGGUCAAGAAUUAGUCAAGAAAUUGGGUUCAUCGGGCAAAUUAUUUGAAUGCAAUGUGCUGGAGACAGAGAGCGUGACCAAGGCUGUCCAAGGUGCUGCACAAUGGGCCAACGAGACAGGGAAGCCUCUUGGAGGUGUGAUUGCUGCUGCUGGUGUAUCAACUCCUGCGACGAUGCUCGACCGCAAUGGUGCUGCCUUCAGCCUUGAUGACUUUGACUUUGUUAUCAAUGUCAACCUCCGCGGCACAAUCGACCUCGUACGUCAGACCCUUGAGCACCUUGCAAAGGUAGAGCCCGAGGGAUCUGACGGCGAACGAGGUGUUGUCAUCAUGGUCGCUUCAUCAGCAGCCUUCGAUGGACAAAAGGGUCAAGUCUCUUAUUCUGCCAGUAAAGGCGCCGUGACGGCCAUGACACUUCCUAUGGCACGAGAUCUUGCUCGAUACGGCAUCCGAGUCGUGACUAUUGCGCCCAGUCUGUUCGACAGCCGAAUGACGAGCGUGAUGCCCGAGAAGGUCAAGAAGAGUCUUGAGGGCGCGAUGGAAUUUCCCAAGAGAGCUGGUCAGCCCAAGGAGUUUGCGCAAUUGGCGCGACAGGGAAUUGAGAAUGUCAUGUUGAACGGUGUUGUUAUUAGACUGGAUGGUGCUAUGAGAAUGCCCAGCAAGAUGUAA